AUGUCUGGUGAGAACAAACUAUCUUGGACUGUAAAGGAUCUCAUACCAAAUGGUGAAUACUUCUUCCGUGUUAAAGCAGUCAACAAGAUUGGUGGAGGCGAAUAUAUUGAACUGAAAAAUCCAGUCAUUGCUCAAGAUCCAAAGCAACCUCCUGAUCCACCUGUAGAUGUUGAGGUUCAUAAUCCUACAGCUAAGGCAAUGACUAUUACGUGGAAGCCACCUUUGUAUGAUGGAGGAAGCAAGAUAAUGGGUUACAUCAUAGAGAAGAUUGCUAAGGGAGAAGACAAGUGGAAGAGAUGCAAUGAACACCUGGUACCAGUCCUGACCUACACAGCAAAAGGACUUGAAGAGGGAAAGGAGUACCAAUUCCGUGUACGCGCAGAGAAUGCUGCCGGUAUUGGUGAACCUUCUCGGGCUACUCCUCCCACCAAAGCCAUAGAUCCUAUCGAUGCUCCAAAAGUGAUUAUGAGAACAAGUCUAGAAGUGAAACGAGGUGAUGAAAUAGCUCUUGAUGCAACCAUUUCUGGCUCACCAUACCCAACUAUUACAUGGAUAAAGGAUGAAAAUGUCAUUAUACCAGAGGAAAUUAAGAAGCGACCGACCUCCCUGGUUAGGAAGAAGAAGGGUGAAGUUCAAGAAGAAGAACCAUUUGUCCUGUCUCUGACAGAGCGUUUGAGCAUCAACAAUAGCAAGCAAGGAGAAUCUCAGCUCCGCGUCCGAGAUUCUCUCCGACCUGAUCAUGGCCUGUAUAUGAUCAAAGUUGAAAAUGACCAUGGUAUUGCGAAAGCUCCGUGCACUGUCAGUGUGUUAGAUACACCAGGACCACCAAUCAACUUUGUAUUUGAAGAUAUUAGAAAGAACUCAGUCCUCUGUAAAUGGGAACCACCCCUUGAUGACGGUGGCAGUGAAAUCAUAAACUACACUUUGGAAAAGAAAGACAAGACAAAACCUGACUCAGAAUGGAUUGUCAUCACCUCAACACUUAGACACUGCAAAUAUGCAGUAACAAAACUCAUUGAAGGAAAAGAGUACCUCUUCCGUGUAAGAGCUGAAAAUAGGUUUGGACCUGGACCACCAUGUGUUUCAAAGCCACUUAUAGCUAAAGAUCCAUUUGAACCACCUGAUGCACCUGACAAACCCAUUGUGGAAGAUGUUACCAGCAACAGUAUGUUAGUGAAAUGGAAUGAACCAAAAGAUAAUGGAAGCCCCAUCUUGGGUUACUGGCUUGAAAAACGUGAAGUUAACAGUACACAUUGGUCUCGUGUCAACAAAAACCUUCUGAGUUCUUUGAAAACCAAGGUAGAUGGCUUAUUAGAAGGACUCACCUAUGUCUUCAGAGUAUGUGCAGAAAAUGCAGCUGGACCUGGCAAGUUCAGUCCACCUUCCGAUCCCAAAACAGCACAUGAUCCAAUCUCUCCACCUGGACCGCCUGUUCCAAGAGUUGCUGACACAAGCUCUACAACUAUUGAAUUGGAAUGGGAACCCCCAGCUUUCAAUGGUGGUGGGGAAAUUAUUGGCUACUUCGUCGAUAAGCAGUUGGUUGGCACAAAUGAAUGGUCACGCUGCACAGAGAAGAUGAUCAAAGUCCGUCAAUACACUGUCAAAGAAAUCCGAGAGGGUGCUGAUUACAAACUUCGCGUGAGUGCUGUCAAUGCUGCAGGUGAAGGACCACCUGGAGAAACAGGACCUGUUACAGUGGCUGAACCAAAAGAACCUCCAAAUGUGGAAUUGGAUGUUUCUGUCAAGGGUGGAAUACAAAUCAUGGCAGGGAAGACUCUUAGAAUUCCAGCUGUGGUGACUGGCCGCCCAGUGCCUACAAAAGUAUGGACCAUAGAAGAAGGAGAGCUGGACAAAGACCGUGUUGUAAUAGAGAACGUUGGAACCAAAUCUGAGCUAAUUAUCAAGAACGCAUUGAGAAAAGAUCAUGGCAGAUACAUAAUUACAGCUACUAAUAACAGUGGCUCCAAAUUUGCAGCAGCUCGGGUGGAAGUUUUUGAUGUCCCUGGUCCAGUUCUUGACUUAAAACCUGUUGUAACAAACAGAAAGAUGUGUCUGCUAAACUGGUCUGACCCAGCAGAUGAUGGAGGAAGUGAAAUCACAGGCUUUAUUAUUGAAAGAAAGGAUGCUAAAAUGCAUACUUGGAGACAACCAAUAGAGACUGAGAGAUCUAAAUGUGACAUCACAGGUCUCCUCGAGGGACAAGAAUAUAUGUUCCGUGUUAUUGCCAAGAACAAGUUUGGCUGUGGCCCUCCUGUUGAAAUAGGACCAAUUCUUGCAGUUGAUCCACUAGGUCCUCCGACAUCUCCUGAAAGGCUGACAUACACAGAAAGGACCAAGUCCACUAUCACCCUUGACUGGAAAGAACCCCGCAGUAAUGGUGGCAGUCCCAUCCAAGGAUAUAUCAUUGAAAAACGGCGUCAUGACAAACCUGACUUUGAAAGAGUUAACAAACGCCUCUGCCCAACCACAUCUUUCCUGGUUGAAAAUCUCGAUGAACACCAAAUGUAUGAGUUCCGUGUCAAAGCCGUCAAUGCAAUUGGUGAAAGUGAACCAUCCCUGCCUCUUAAUGUAGUCAUACAAGAUGAUGAAGUGCCUCCAAAUAUUAAAUUACGUCUGGCCGUUCGAGGAGACACUAUCAAAGUUAAGGCAGGGGAGCCUGUUAACAUCCCUGCAGAUGUGACGGGUCUUCCAAUGCCUAAGAUCGAGUGGUCCAAGAACGAAACAGUAAUUGAAAAACCCACUGAUGCACUUCAAAUAACCAAGGAAGAAGUGUCCCGCAGUGAGGCAAAGACCGAGCUGAUCAUUCCCAAAGCCGUCCGGGAGGACAAGGGCACUUAUACCAUUACUGCUUCUAAUCGCCUCGGCUCAGUGUUCCGAAAUGUUCACGUUGAAGUUUAUGACCGCCCAUCCCCACCAAGAAAUCUUGCUGUUACUGAUAUUAAAGCUGAAUCUUGCUACUUGACAUGGGAUGCCCCUCUAGAUAAUGGUGGCAGUGAAAUCACCCAUUAUGUUAUUGACAAACGUGAUGCAAGUAGGAAAAAGAGUGAAUGGGAAGAAGUCACUAAUACUGCUGUAGAGAGAAGAUAUGGGGUCUGGAAACUUAUCCCCAAUGGACAGUAUGAGUUCCGAGUUAGAGCAGUGAAUAAAUAUGGAACCAGUGAUGAGUGCAAAUCCGAUAAAGUGGUCAUUCAAGAUCCUUAUCGCCUUCCUGGGCCUCCAGGAAAACCAAAGGUCUUGGAGCGCACCAAAGGGUCAAUGUUAGUGAGCUGGACACCUCCUUUGGACAAUGGUGGCUCUCCAAUUACUGGCUACUGGCUGGAGAAGAGAGAGGAAGGAGGCGCCUACUGGUCACGUGUUAGCCGAGCACCAAUAACAAAAGUGGGAUUGAAGGGUAUAGAAUUUAAUGUUCCCCGUUUGAUUGAAGGUGUUAAAUACCAGUUCAGAGCCAUGGCAAUAAAUGCUGCAGGAAUUGGCCCUCCCAGUGAACCAUCAGAUCCAGCUCUUGCUGGAGAUCCCAUAUACCCACCUGGGCCACCUUCUUGCCCAGAGGUUAAAGAUAAAACAAAGUCAAGCAUCUCACUGGCAUGGAAACCUCCAGCCAAAGACGGUGGUAGUCCAAUCAAAGGAUACAUUGUAGAAAUGCAAGAAGAAGGUACUACUGACUGGAAGAGAGUCAAUGAACCAGACAAACUUCUUACUACCUGUGAAUGUGUGGUACCCAACCUGAAAGAACUCAGGAAGUACAGGUUCAGAGUGAAAGCUGUCAAUGAAGCUGGUGAAUCUGAACCAAGUGACACAACUGGAGAGAUACCUGCCACUGAUAUUCAAGAGGUACCAGAGGUUUUCAUUGACAUUGGAGCACAAGACUGCCUGGUUUGUCAGGCUGGCUCACAGAUUAGAAUCCCUGCUGUCAUCAAAGGGCGCCCAACACCAAAAUCAUCUUGGGAGUUUGAUGGAAAGGCAAAGAAGGCCAUGAAGGAUGGAGUUCAUGAUAUACCUGAAGAUGCACAGUUGGAGACUGCUGAAAACUCAUCAGUAAUCAUCAUCCCAGAUUGUAAACGUUCGCAUUCAGGCAAAUACAGCAUCACAGCCAAGAACAAAGCAGGACAGAAGACUGCAAAUUGCAGAGUCAAAGUCAUGGAUGUACCAGGUCCACCCAAAGAUUUGAAAGUCAGUGACAUCACAAGGAGUAGUUGCAGACUUUCAUGGAAGAUGCCAGACGAUGAUGGGGGAGACAGAAUCAAAGGCUAUGUCAUUGAGAAGAAGACUAUUGAUGGAAAGGCUUGGACUAAAGUCAAUCCAAACUGCGGAAGCACCUCAUUUGUAGUGCCUGACCUCAUUUCUGAACAGCAAUAUUUCUUCCGUGUGCGAGCAGAAAACCGUUUUGGUAUUGGCCCACCUGUGGAAACCAUUCAGAGGACCACUGCCAGAGAUCCAAUCUUUCCUCCUGAUCCUCCUAUUAAACUCAAAAUUGGCCUAAUAACAAAGAACACAGUCCAUCUCUCAUGGAAACCUCCAAAGAAUGAUGGGGGCUCCCCUGUCACCCACUAUAUCGUUGAGUGCCUUGCAUGGGACCCUACUGGGAAAAAGAAGGAAGCAUGGAGGCAGUGCAAUAAGCGUGAUGUGGAAGAAUUGGAAUUUACCGUUGAAGACCUCAUAGAGGGUGGGGAAUAUGAAUUCAGGGUCAAAGCUGUCAAUGCUGCAGGAGUCAGCAAACCUUCCGCCACUGUUGGCCCCGUGACUGUCAAAGACCAGACAUGCCCACCAUCAAUUGAGCUCAAAGAAUUCAUGGAGGUUGAAGAAGGAACUGAUGUUAACAUAGUGGCCAAAAUCAAAGGAGUGCCAUUCCCAACCCUCACCUGGUUUAAAGCUCCUCCAAAGAAGCCUGAUAACAAAGAACCUGUUCUCUAUGACACCCACGUCAACAAACUGGUGGUGGACGACACCUGCACUUUAGUUAUUCCACAGUCUCGCAGGAGUGACACUGGCUUAUACACCAUCACAGCUGUAAAUAACCUGGGAACAGCAUCAAAGGAGAUGAGACUCAAUGUCCUUGGUCGUCCUGGCCCUCCAAUAGGACCCAUAAAGUUUGAAUCAAUUUCAGCAGAUCAAAUGACAUUAUCUUGGCUUCCACCUAAAGAUGAUGGUGGGUCCAAAAUUACAAACUAUGUAAUAGAGAAAAGAGAAGCUAACAGGAAGACAUGGGUACGUGUUUCCAGCGAACCUAAAGAGUGCAUGUACACAAUUCCCAAAUUGCUGGAAGGCCAUGAAUAUGUAUUCCGAAUCAUGGCCCAGAAUAAAUACGGCAUUGGAGAACCACUUGACAGUGAACCUGAGACAGCACGAAACCUCUUCUCUGUCCCUGGGGCACCAGAUAAACCAACAGUUAGCAGUGUGACUCGUAACUCCAUGACUGUCAACUGGGAAGAGCCAGAGUACGAUGGAGGUUCUCCUGUGACUGGAUACUGGCUAGAAAUGAAAGACACCACUUCAAAGAGAUGGAAGAGGGUGAACCGAGACCCUAUCAAAGCCAUGACUUUGGGUGUUUCUUACAAAGUAACUGAUCUUAUUGAAGGUUCUGACUACCAGUUCCGAGUGUAUGCAAUCAAUGCUGCUGGUGUGGGUCCUGCAAGUUUGCCAUCAGAUCCAGUGACUGCUAGAGAUCCAAUUGCUCCUCCUGGCCCUCCAUUUCCCAAAGUGACAGACUGGACUAAAUCAUCUGUGGACCUCGAAUGGUCUCCCCCAUUAAAAGAUGGUGGCUCCAAAAUAACUGGAUAUAUUGUUGAGUAUAAGGAAGAAGGAAAAGAAGAAUGGGAAAAGGCUAAAGAUAAAGAAGUGAGAGGAACAAAACUUGUUGUGACAGGAUUAAAAGAAGGGGCAUUCUACAAAUUUAGAGUGAGAGCAGUUAACAUUGCUGGCAUUGGAGAACCUGGAGAAGUCACAGAUAUCAUUGAAAUGAAAGACAGAAUUGUUUCACCUGACCUCCAGCUAGAUGCCAGUGUCAGAGACAGAAUUGUCGUCCAUGCUGGAGGGGUGAUCCGAAUCAUUGCUUACGUCUCUGGGAAGCCGCCUCCAACUGUCACCUGGAGCAUGAACGAAAGAGCGUUACCUCAAGAAGCCACCAUUGAGGAAACGGCCAUCAGCUCAUCCAUGGUCAUCAAGAACUGCCAGAGGAGCCAUCAAGGCGUCUAUUCUCUUCUUGCCAAAAAUGCAGGGGGAGAAAGAAAGAAGACAAUUAUUGUUGAUGUAUUAGAUGUACCGGGUCCUGUUGGAAUACCAUUCCUCUCUGACAAUCUAACCAAUGACUCCUGCAAAUUGACAUGGUUUUCUCCAGAAGAUGAUGGAGGCUCUCCAAUCACCAACUAUGUCAUUGAGAAGCGGGAAGCUGACCGCAGAGCUUGGACCCCCGUGACAUACACAGUCACCCGACAAAAUGCUACUGUCCAGGGUCUCAUUCAAGGAAAAGCCUACUUUUUCCGAAUCGCAGCUGAAAAUAUUAUUGGCAUGGGCCCAUUUGUUGAGACACCAACUGCACUUGUCAUCAGAGAUCCAAUAACUGUACCAGAGCGACCUGAAGACCUAGAAGUCAAAGACGUUACUAAAAAUACUGUAACUUUGACUUGGAAUCCUCCUAAAUAUGAUGGUGGAUCAGAAAUCAUUAACUAUGUCCUAGAAAGCCGGCUCAUCGGAACGGAGAAGUUCCACAAAGUUACAAAUGACAACUUGCUUAGCAGAAAAUACACAGUUAAAGGCUUAAAAGAGGGUGAUACCUAUGAAUACCGUGUCAGUGCUGUCAAUAUUGUUGGACAAGGCAAGCCAUCAUUUUGCACCAAGCCAAUCACUUGCAAGGAUGAACUGGCUCCCCCAACACUUGACUUGGACUUCAGAGAUAAGCUCACGGUUAGGGUUGGUGAAGCUUUUGCCCUCACUGGCCGCUACUCAGGCAAACCAAAGCCUAAGGUUAGUUGGUUCAAAGAUGAAGCUGAUGUGCUAGAAGAUGAACGUACUCAUAUAAAGAUCACUCCGACAACACUUGCUCUAGAGAAGAUCAAGUCCAAACGUUCGGAUUCUGGCAAAUACUGUGUCGUUGUGGAGAACAGUACAGGCUCCAGGAAAGGUUUCUGUCAAGUUAAUGUUGUUGAUCGUCCUGGACCACCAGUAGGACCUGUCAUUUUUGAUGAGGUAACCAAAGAUUACAUGGUCAUCUCCUGGAAGCCACCUUUAGAUGAUGGAGGAAGUGAAAUCACCAACUACAUUAUUGAAAAGAAGGAGUUGGGUAAAGAUGUUUGGAUGCCUGUGACCUCUGCAAGUGCUAAAACAACAUGCAAAGUUCCUAAACUGCUUGAAGGAAAAGAUUACAUUUUCCGUAUACAUGCUGAAAACCUGUAUGGAAUAAGUGAUCCUCUGGUGUCUGAUUCAAUGAAAGCCAAAGAUCGUUUCAGAGUUCCUGAUGCACCUGAUCAGCCCAUUGUUACAGAAGUCACCAAAGACUCUGCUUUAGUAACCUGGAACAAGCCACACGAUGGAGGAAAGCCCAUCACCAACUACAUCCUAGAAAAGAGGGAAACGAUGUCUAAACGAUGGGCUAGGGUUACCAAAGAGCCUAUCCACCCAUACACUAAAUUUAGAGUUCCUGAUCUUCUAGAAGGAUGUCAGUAUGAAUUCCGGGUUUCUGCAGAAAAUGAAAUUGGUAUUGGAGAUCCAAGCCCACCAUCCAAACCAGUCUUUGCUAGAGAUCCAAUUGCUAAACCAAGUCCACCAGUGAAUCCUGAAGCAGUAGAUACAACAUGUAACUCAGUUGACCUAACCUGGCAGCCACCACGUCAUGAUGGCGGGAGCAAGAUACUGGGUUACAUUGUUGAGUACCAAAAAGUUGGUGAUGAAGAGUGGCGAAGAGCCAAUCAUACUCCUGAGUCGUGUCCUGAAACUAAAUAUAAAGUCACUGGUCUUCGGGAUGGUCAGACCUAUAAGUUCAGAGUGUUGGCAGUCAAUGAAGCUGGUGAAUCAGAUCCAGCUUAUGUUCCAGAGCCAGUGCUGGUAAAAGACAGACUUGAACCCCCUGAGUUGAUUCUUGAUGCCAACAUGGCAAGAGAACAACACAUUAAAGUUGGUGAUACAUUAAGACUGAGUGCCAUCAUCAAAGGAGUGCCAUUCCCAAAAGUCACCUGGAAAAAGGAAGACAGAGAGGCUCCGACUAAAGCACGAAUUGAUGUUACUCCAGUCGGCAGCAAGCUUGAAAUUCGUAAUGCUGCCCAUGAAGAUGGUGGAAUUUAUUCCUUAACAGUAGAGAAUCCAGCUGGUUCCAAAACUGUCUCAGUGAAAGUACUUGUAUUGGACAAACCUGGGCCACCUAGAGAUCUGGAAGUCAGCGAAAUUAGGAAAGAUUCUUGUUACCUUACUUGGAAGGAACCCCUGGAUGAUGGCGGUUCUGUUGUGACAAACUAUGUGGUUGAGAGGAAAGAUGUUGCCAGUGCCCAGUGGUCACCUCUUUCAACUACAUCAAAGAAAAAGAGUCAUUUGGCUAAACAUCUUACUGAAGGCAAUCAGUAUCUCUUCCGAGUAGCUGCUGAGAACCAAUAUGGACGUGGUCCUUUUGUUGAGACGCCUAAACCCAUCAAGGCUGUGGAUCCUCUCCAUCCCCCAGGGCCACCCAAGGACCUACAUCAUGUGGAUGUUGACAAGACUGAAGUCUCCCUUGUGUGGAAUAAACCAGAUCGUGAUGGGGGCUCUCCAAUCACUGGAUACUUGGUGGAAUAUCAAGAAGAAGGUGCUGAGGACUGGAUUAAGUUCAAGACUGUGAAAAACUUGGAGUGCGUUGUUACUGGACUACAACAAGGAAAGACCUACAGAUUCCGUGUAAAAGCUGAAAAUAUUGUGGGUCUCGGGCUCCCUGAUACAACUAUCCCGAUAGAAUGCCAAGAAAAACUAGUGCCUCCAUCUAUAGAGCUAGAUGUGAAAUUAAUUGAAGGGCUUGUGGUAAAAGCUGGAACUACAGUCAGAUUCCCUGCUAUCAUAAGAGGUGUACCUGUUCCUUCUGUAAAGUGGACAACCGAUGGGAGUGAGAUUAAAACAGAUGACCACUACACAGUUGAAACUGACGACUUCUCAUCAGUACUUACCAUCAAGAACUGCUUAAGGAAAGACACUGGGGAAUAUCAAAUCACAGUUUCCAAUGCAGCUGGCACCAAAACGGUAGCUGUACAUCUUACUGUUCUUGAUGUUCCUGGACCACCAACAGGCCCUAUCCAUAUUCUGGAUGUUACCCCCGAAUACAUGACUAUCUCCUGGCAGCCACCUAAAGAUGAUGGAGGAAGCCCUGUGAUAAAUUAUAUCGUUGAGAAACAAGAUACAAGGAAAGACACAUGGGGUGUUGUGUCUUCAGGAAGCAGUAAGCUGAAGCUGAAAGUCCCACAUCUGCAGAAGGGCUGUGAAUACAUUUUCCGAGUUAAAGCAGAGAAUAAGAUGGGUGUUGGUCCUCCCCUUGACUCCACACCUACUGUUGCUAAACACAAGUUCAAUCCUCCAUCUCCUCCUGGUAAACCAGUGGUUACCGACAUUACAGAAAAUGCUGCAACUGUGUCUUGGACCCUGCCAAAAUCUGAUGGUGGCAGUCCAAUAACUGGUUACUACGUGGAACGUCGAGAAAUAACUGGAAAGUGGGUGAGGGUCAACAAAACACCGAUAGCUGACCUGAAGUUCAGGGUGACUGGACUCUAUGAGGGAAACACAUAUGAGUUUAGAGUGUUUGCUGAAAAUCUUGCAGGACUGAGCAAUCCAUCCCCAAGUUCUGACCCGAUAAAAGCUUGCCGGCCCAUUAAACCCCCUGGGCCACCUAUUAAUCCUAAAUUGAAAGACAAGAGCAAAGAAUGGGCUGACUUGGUGUGGACAAAGCCCCUCAGUGAUGGUGGAAGCCCCAUUCUAGGAUACGUGGUGGAAUGUCAGAAACCUGGCGCGGCACAGUGGAGCAGGAUUAAUAAGGAUGAACUCAUUAGGCAAUGUGCUUUCAGGGUACCUGGACUAAUUGAAGGAAAUGAGUACAGAUUCCGUAUAAAGGCAGCUAACAUUGUGGGAGAGGGAGAACCAAGAGAACUAGCAGAAUCUGUGCUUGCAAAAGACAUCCUCCAUCCUCCAGAAGUCGAGCUUGAUGUUACUUGUCGUGACGUUAUUACCGUCAGAGUGGGCCAGACUAUCCACAUUCUUGCUCGAGUCAAAGGCAGACCUGAACCUGACAUAACUUGGUCUAAGGAAGGCAAAGUGUUGGUCCGAGAAAAGCGGGUUGACAUAAUUCGUGAUCUACCCCGUGUUGAGUUACAAAUUAAAGAAGCUGUCAGGGCUGAUCACGGCAAGUAUAUCAUCUCAGCCAAGAACAGCAGUGGACAUGCCCAAGGCUCAGCCAUUGUUAACGUCCUUGACAGACCUGGGCCUUGCCAGAACUUGAGGGUUACCAAUGUAACGAAAGAGAACUGCACAAUUUCUUGGGAAAAUCCACUAGAUAAUGGUGGCUCCGAAAUAACCAAUUUCAUAGUAGAAUAUCGGAAACCAAAUCAGAAAGGCUGGUCGAUUGUUGCUUCAGAUGUCACCAAGAGAUCAAUCAAGGCUAACCUUUUAGCCAAUAAUGAAUACUAUUUCCGAGUUUGUGCAGAGAAUAAAGUAGGGGUUGGGCCAACCAUUGAAACAAAAACUCCAAUUCUGGCCAUUAACCCUAUUGACAGGCCAGGUGAGCCUGAAAACCUUCAUAUUGCAGAUAAAGGAAAGACAUUUGUCUAUCUAAAGUGGCGGCGGCCUGAUUAUGAUGGUGGCAGCCCAAAUCUAUCGUAUCAUGUUGAGAGAAGGCUGAAGGGUUCUACUGACUGGGAAAGAGUACAUAAAGGAAGCAUUAAAGAAACCCACUACAUGGUUGACAAAUGUGUUGAAAACCAAAUUUAUGAGUUUAGAGUACAGACAAAGAAUGAGGGUGGGGAAAGUGAUUGGGUAAAGACAGAGGAAGUUGUUGUGAAGGAAGACUUACAGAAACCAGUACUUGAUCUGAAAUUAAGUGGGGUGCUAACUGUCAAAGCAGGGGACACCAUUAGACUUGAGGCUGCAGUUAGAGGGAAACCAUUUCCAGAAGUUGCAUGGACCAAGGACAAAGAUGCUACAGAUUUGACAAGAUCACCAAGGGUCAAGAUUGACACCAGUGCUGAGUCAUCUAAAUUCUCCCUUACUAAAGCCAAGCGAAGUGAUGGUGGUAAAUAUGUAGUUACAGCAACUAACACAGCUGGCAGUUUUGUGGCCUAUGCCACUGUCAAUGUUUUAGAUAAGCCUGGUCCUGUAAGGAAUCUGAAGAUUACUGAUGUGUCCAGUGAUAGGUGCACUGUUCGAUGGGAUCCACCAGAAGAUGAUGGUGGCUGUGAAAUCCAAAAUUAUAUUCUAGAAAAAUGUGAGAGCAAGCGAAUGGUUUGGUCCACCUAUUCUUCUAAUGUCUUGAUUCCCAGUGCUACAGUAACACGUCUCAUAGAAGGAAAUGAAUAUAUUUUCAGAGUCCGUGCAGAAAAUAAAAUAGGCACAGGGCCUCCAACAGAAAGUAAACCAGUCAUAGCAAAAACCAAGUAUGAUAGACCUGGUCGCCCUGAUCCCCCAGAGGUCACUAAAGUAAGCAAAGAAGAAAUGACUGUGGUUUGGAACCCACCUGAAUAUGAUGGUGGAAAGUCUAUCACAGGAUACUAUUUGGAGAAAAAGGAAAAACACGGAGUGCGAUGGGUCCCUGUUAACAAAAGUGCAAUCCCUGAGAGACGUCUGAAAGUACAGAAUCUCCUCCCAGGACAUGAAUAUCAGUUCCGUGUCAAGGCAGAAAAUGAAGUUGGAAUUGGAGAACCAAGCUUACCAUCAAGACCGGUGGUGGCAAAAGACCCCAUAGAACCACCUGGUCCACCAACCAAUCUCAAAGUAGUUGAUACUACCAAAAGUUCCAUAACACUUGGAUGGGGGAAACCAGUCUAUGAUGGUGGUGCACCAAUUAUUGGAUAUGUUGUGGAAAUGAGACCCAAAAAACCAGAUAUGUCACCUGACGAAGGCUGGAAAAGGUGCAAUGCUGCAGCACAGCUUGUUCGCAUGGAAUUUACUGUUACCAGCUUGGAUGAAAACCAGGAGUAUGAGUUCAGGGUGUGUGCCCAAAACCAGGUUGGCAUUGGGCGCCCUGCAGAACUAAAGGAGGCUAUCAAACCUAAAGAAAUCCUAGAACCUCCGGAGAUUGAUUUGGAUGCCAGCAUGAGAAAACUGGUCAUAGUGAGAGCAGGAUGCCCUAUUCGGCUAUUUGCAAUAGUAAGAGGGCGACCAGCUCCCAAAGUCACUUGGCGAAAAGUGGGUAUUGAUAAUGUGGUCAGAAAAGGACAAGUUGAUCUGGUUGACACCAUGGCCUUCCUUGUCAUCCCCAAUUCUACCCGUGAUGACUCUGGAAAAUAUUCCUUAACACUUGUGAACCCCGCAGGAGAAAAAGCUGUGUUUGUAAAUGUCAGAGUACUGGAUACUCCUGGACCCGUAUCCGAUUUAAAAGUUUCAGAUGUCACUAAAACAUCAUGCCAUGUGUCCUGGGCCCCUCCUGAAAAUGAUGGUGGGAGCCAAGUGACUCAUUAUAUUGUGGAGAAACGUGAGGCAGAGAGAAAGACGUGGUCAACUGUUACCCCAGAAGUUAAGAAAACAAGCUUCAACGUAACCAAUCUUGUCCCUGGGAAUGAGUAUUUCUUCAGAGUAACUGCUGUCAAUGAGUAUGGCCCUGGCGUCCCAACAGACGUCCCCAAACCAGUGCUAGCAUCAGAUCCUCUAAGUGAGCCAGAUCCCCCAAGAAAACUAGAAGUGACUGAAAUGACGAAGAAUAGUGCUACGUUAGCCUGGUUACCUCCUCUGCGUGAUGGAGGCGCUAAAAUUGACGGCUACAUCAUCAGUUACAGAGAAGAAGAACAGCCUGCAGAUCGCUGGACCGAGUAUUCUGUUGUAAAAGAUCUCAGCCUCGUUGUCAAUGGCUUAAAGGAAGGAAAGAAAUAUAAAUUUAGAGUAGUGGCCAGAAAUGCUGUUGGAGUCAGCUUGCCAAGAGAAGCCGAAGGAGUAUACGAAGCCAAAGAACAACUGUUACCACCAAAGGUCCUUAUGCCAGAGCAAAUUACUAUUAAAGCUGGGAAGAAACUCCGAGUAGAAGCCCAUGUGUAUGGAAAGCCUCAUCCCACCUGUACAUGGAAGAAAGGAGAAGAUGAAGUUGUCACAUCCAGCCACCUGGCAGUGCACAAAGCAGACAGCUCUUCAAUUCUGAUCAUAAAAGAUGUUACUAGGAAAGACAGUGGGUACUAUAGCCUGACAGCAGAGAACAGCUCUGGGACAGACACUCAGAAAGUCAAAGUUAUAGUCAUGGAUGCACCUGGACCCCCUCAGCCUCCAUUUGACAUUUCGGACAUAGAUGCGGAUGCCUGCUCCCUGUCCUGGCACAUCCCUCUAGAAGAUGGAGGCAGUAACAUCACCAAUUACAUAGUGGAGAAAUGUGAUGUUAGCCGCGGGGACUGGGUCACAGCUCUAGCUUCAGUCACAAAAACCUCCUGCAGGGUUGGAAAACUGAUCCCAGGCCAGGAGUAUAUCUUCCGGGUCCGUGCUGAGAAUCGAUUUGGUAUUUCAGAGCCUCUCACAUCUCCAAAGAUGCUUGCUAAGUUCCCAUUUGGUGUUCCUAGCGAACCAAAGAAUGCACGAGUCACUAAAGUGAACAAAGACUGCAUAUUUGUUGCGUGGGACAGGCCAGACAGCGAUGGAGGGAGCCCCAUCACUGGUUACCUGAUUGAACGAAAAGAAAGAAACAGCUUGCUGUGGGUGAAAGCUAAUGAUACUCUUGUCAGGUCAACCGAAUAUCCUUGUGCUGGCCUUGUGGAAGGUCUUGAGUAUUCAUUCAGAAUCUAUGCCCUAAACAAAGCUGGUUCCAGCCCACCCAGCAAACCAACAGAAUACGUAACGGCGAGAAUGCCAGUGGAUCCUCCUGGGAAACCUGAAGUUAUCGAUGUUACCAAAAAUAGUGCAUCCCUCAUUUGGGCCCGCCCCAAGCAUGAUGGAGGCAGCAAAAUCAUUGGCUAUUUCGUAGAAGCUUGCAAACUUCCUGGUGAUAAGUGGGUCCGGUGCAAUACUACACCUCACCAGAUUCCCCAGGAAGAGUACACAGCUACUGGCUUAGAAGAGAAUGCUCAGUACCAAUUUAGAGCAAUUGCCAGGACUGCAGUAAACAUUAGCCAGCCUUCUGAACCCUCAGACCCAGUGACUAUCCUUGCAGAGAAUGUUCCUCCCAGGAUAGACCUGAGUGUGGAGAUGAAAUCUUUGCUUACUGUGAAAGCAGGAACCAAUGUUUGCUUGGAUGCUACUGUUUUUGGUAAACCAAUGCCAACAGUUUCUUGGAAGAAAGAUGGCACACCACUAAAACCAGCAGAAGGCAUAAAGAUGGCCAUGAAGCGGAACCUGUGCACCUUGGAGCUAUUCAGUGUGAACCGGAAGGACUCGGGAGACUACACCAUCACUGCUGAAAAUUCAAGCGGUUCCAAAUCAGCUACCAUUAAGCUUAAAGUAUUAGAUAAGCCUGGUCCUCCAGCAUCUGUUAAAAUCAACAAAAUGUAUUCAGAUCGUGCAAUGCUUUCUUGGGAACCUCCUCUUGAAGACGGAGGCUCAGAAAUCACCAACUAUAUUGUUGACAAACGUGAAACCAGCAGGCCCAACUGGGCUCAAGUCUCUGCCACUGUGCCCAUCACCAGCUGCAGCGUGGAGAAACUUAUAGAGGGCCAUGAGUAUCAGUUCCGCAUCUGCGCGGAAAAUAAAUACGGAGUGGGUGAUCCAAUCUUCACUGAGCCAGCAAUUGCUAAAAACCCAUAUGACCCACCUGGACGCUGUGAUCCUCCUGUCAUCAGCAACAUUACCAAAGAUCAUAUGACAGUCAGCUGGAAACCACCAGCAGAUGAUGGCGGUUCACCCAUCACUGGCUACUUGGUUGAAAAGCGAGAAACUCAGGCAGUUAACUGGACAAAGGUCAACAGAAAACCUGUCAUUGAAAGAACAAUAAAAGCAACGGGUCUUCAAGAAGGUACCGAAUAUGAGUUCCGAGUUACAGCUAUAAAUAAAGCUGGACCAGGCAAACCCAGUGAUGCAUCCAAAGCUGUUUAUGCUCAGGAUCCUCUGUAUCCACCUGGCCCACCAGCUUUCCCUAAAGUAUAUGAUACAACCCGGAGCUCCGUGAGUCUCUCCUGGGGCAAGCCAGCCUAUGAUGGUGGUAGCCCUAUCAUCGGUUAUCUCGUUGAAGUCAAACGAGCUGACUCUGAUAACUGGGUGAGGUGCAAUUUACCAGAGAAACUACAGAAAACACGCUUUGAGGUUACUGGCCUGAUGGAAAACACGGAAUAUCAGUUCCGUGUGUAUGCUGUUAACAAGAUUGGAUUCAGUGACCCCAGUGAUGUGCCAGAUAAACACUGCCCCAAGGACAUCUUAAUUCCACCUGAGGGAGAACUUGAUGCUGAAUUAAGGAAGACACUCAUAUUACGUGCUGGAGUUACAAUGAGACUCUAUGUACCAGUAAGAGGACGUCCACCUCCAAAGAUUACUUGGUCGAAGCCCAAUGUCAACCUAAGGGAAAGGAUUGGACUGGACAUAAAGUCAACUGACUUUGACACUUUCUUACGCUGUGAAAACGUAAACAAAUAUGAUGCUGGAAAAUACAUCCUAACUCUAGAGAACAUCUGUGGUAAAAAGGAAUAUACCAUUGUAGUGAAAGUGCUUGAUACCCCUGGGCCACCUGUCAAUGUGACUGUUAAGGAAGUAUCCAAAGACUCUGCUUAUGUUACCUGGGAUCCUCCCAUUAUCGAUGGUGGAAGUCCCAUCAUAAACUAUGUGGUAGAAAAACGUGAUGCAGAAAGGAAGUCCUGGUCCACGGUGACAACUGAGUGCUCAAAAACAAGCUUCAGAGUAUCCAACUUGGAGGAAGGAAAGUCCUACUUCUUCAGGGUGUUUGCUGAAAAUGAGUAUGGCAUCGGUGAUCCCGGUGAAACACGAGACGCCGUGAAAGCUUCUGAAACCCCUGGACCAGUUGUGGACCUGAAAGCAUUGUCUGUCACCAAGUCAUCUUGUACCAUUGGCUGGAAAAAGCCUCGUACUGAUGGUGGAAGUCGAAUUACUGGAUAUGUAGUUGAUUUCCUGACGGAAGAAAAUAAGUGGCAACGUGUUAUGAAAUCAUUAAGCCUGCAGUACUCCACAAAAGAUCUGACUGAAGGGAAGGAAUAUACCUUCAGAGUGAGUGCUGAAAAUGAAAAUGGAGAAGGAACCCCCAGUGAAAUCACUGUCGUGGCAAAGGACGAUGUCGUGGCUCCUGAUCUUGACUUAAAGGACCUACCUGAUCUGUGCUACUUGGCUAAAGAAAACAGCAACUUCCGUCUUAAGAUUCCCAUAAAGGGCAAGCCAGCACCAUCAGUAUCCUGGAAGAAAGGGGAAGAUCCUCUGGCAAUUGACACAAGAGUCAGUGUUGAGUCAUCUGCAGUUAACACAACUCUUGUAGUGUAUGACUGCCAAAAAUCUGAUGCUGGAAAAUACACAAUCACACUCAAGAAUGUUGCUGGCACAAAGGAAGGAACCCUUUCCAUAAAAGUUGUUGGCAAGCCUGGCAUCCCUACUGGACCAAUCAAAUUUGAUGAAGUCACAGCAGAAGCCAUGACCUUAAAGUGGGGUCCUCCAAAGGAUGAUGGAGGUUCUGAAAUCACCAACUAUAUCCUGGAGAAGAGAGAUUCUGUAAACAACAAGUGGGUGACAUGUGCCUCAGCUGUCCAGAAAACCACCUUCAGAGUAACCAGACUUCAUGAGGGUAUGGAAUAUACCUUCAGGGUCAGUGCUGAAAAUAAAUAUGGUGUAGGAGAAGGCCUGAAGUCAGAGCCAAUAGUGGCUAAACAUCCAUUUGAUGUGCCUGAUGCUCCCCCACCUCCCAAUAUUGUGGAUGUUAGACAUGAUUCAGUCUCUCUAACUUGGACAGACCCCAGAAAAACAGGUGGAUCUCCGAUUACAGGGUAUCAUAUUGAGUUCAAGGAAAGAAACAGCCUUUUGUGGAAGAGAGCUAACAAGACUCCUAUAAGGAUGAAGGACUUUAAAGUGACAGGAUUAACUGAAGGUCUUGAAUAUGAAUUCAGAGUUAUGGCAAUCAAUUUAGCAGGAGUGGGCAAGCCAAGCCUGCCAUCAGAGCCAGUUGUAGCACUUGAUCCAAUUGAUCCUCCUGGCAAACCUGAGGUUAUUAAUGUAACAAGGAAUUCAGUGACUCUCAUAUGGACUGAACCCAAAUAUGAUGGUGGUCAUAAGUUAACUGGAUAUAUAGUGGAGAAGCGGGAUCUACCUUCUAAGUCUUGGAUGAAAGCCAACCACAUUAAUGUUCCAGACUGUGCCUUUACUGUAACUGACCUAGUUGAGGGUGGAAAAUAUGAAUUCAGAAUUAGAGCAAAGAAUACAGCAGGUGCCAUUAGCGCUCCAUCGGAAAGCACAGAAACUAUUAUUUGCAAGGAUGAAUAUGAGGCACCAACCAUUGUCCUUGAUCCCACAAUAAAAGAUGGGCUUACAAUUAAAGCAGGGGAUACCAUUGUUUUGAGUGCCAUUAGCAUUCUUGGCAAACCCCUUCCAAAAUCAAGUUGGUCCAGGGCAGGAAAAGACAUUAGACCAUCAGAUAUUGCUCAGAUAACUUCAACCCCAACAUCUUCCACACUUUCUGUCAAAUAUGCCACUAGAAAAGAUGCUGGUGAAUAUACGAUCACUGCUACCAAUCCUUUCGGCACAAAGGAGGAGCAUGUGAAGGUAACAGUCCUUGAUGUGCCUGGUCCCCCAGGUCCUAUUGAAAUCAGUAACGUUUCUGCUGAAAAAGCAACACUUACAUGGACACCUCCUUUAGAAGAUGGCGGAUCACCAAUUAAGUCCUAUGUUCUUGAAAAGAGAGAAACCAGCCGGCUUUUGUGGACAGUGGUUUCUGAAGAUAUUCAGACUUGCAGGCAUGUGGUAACCAAGCUUAUCCAAGGAAAUGAGUACCUUUUCCGUGUCUCAGCUGUAAACCAUUAUGGCAAAGGAGAACCUGUACAGUCCGAACCUGUCAAAAUGGUAGACAGAUUUGGUCCUCCUGGCCCUCCUGGAAAGCCAGAGAUAUCAAAUGUCACUAAGAACACUGCCACUGUCAGCUGGAAAAGACCAACUGAUGAUGGUGGCAGUGAGAUCACAGGAUAUCAUGUAGAAAGGAGAGAAAAGAAAGGCUUGCGGUGGGUGAGAGCCACAAAGACGCCAGUUUCCGAUCUCAGAUGCAAAGUGACAGGACUGCAAGAAGGAAACACCUAUGAAUUCCGCGUCAGUGCAGAAAACAGAGCAGGAAUUGGUCCACCUAGUGAUGCUUCAAAUCCUGUUCUAAUGAAGGAUGUAGCAUAUCCUCCAGGACCUCCUUCAAAUGCACAUGUCACUGAUACUACCAAGAAAUCUGCUUCUUUAGCAUGGGGCAAGCCUCAUUAUGACGGUGGACUAGAAAUCACUGGUUAUGUGGUAGAGCAUCAAAAAGUAGGAGAUGAGGCUUGGAUAAAAGACACAACUGGAACUGCCCUCAGAAUCACUCAGUUUGUUGUCCCUGACCUUCAGACUAAAGAAAAAUAUAAUUUUAGAAUCAGUGCCGUCAAUGAUGCCGGUGUUGGGGAGCCAGCAGUGAUUCCAGAUGUUGAAAUUGUAGAGCGGGAAAUGGCUCCUGAUUUCGAACUAGAUGCUGAGCUUCGAAGAACACUUGUGGUCAGAGCAGGACUCAGUAUUAGAAUUUUUGUGCCAAUUAAAGGUCGUCCUGCUCCUGAAGUGACAUGGACCAAAGAUGACAUCAACCUAAAGAACCGGGCCAACAUUGAAAACACAGAAUCAUUCACUCUUCUGAUCAUCCCAGAAUGUAACAGAUAUGACACUGGUAAAUUUGUGAUGACCAUUGAAAACCCCGCUGGGAAGAAAAGUGGCUUUGUUAACGUCAGAGUCUUGGAUACACCAGGUCCUGUCCUUAACCUGAGGCCUACAGACAUCACAAAGGACAGUGUCACGCUGCACUGGGACCUGCCUCUGAUAGAUGGGGGCUCACGCAUAACAAAUUAUAUUGUGGAGAAACGUGAAGCAACAAGGAAAUCUUAUUCUACAGUUACCACUAAGUGUCAUAAGUGCACAUAUAAAGUCACUGGCUUGUCUGAGGGAUGUGAAUACUUCUUCAGAGUGAUG